CACAACCGUGACACCUCAUUGUGAAUCAUACCUUCAGUAGACUAUUAAGACAUUUUCACUUUGAUUCUCCGGCGGCGGCGUGAAAGUAAACCGGACGGGAUCAAUCGUUUUCUGCUUAUAAAACGGAUCGAUUAAUAUGUUUUUCACUUUCAGGAUUAUAUCUGUGGAUGAUCUGUUUAUUUAGAUCACUUAUUUCUCUUAACCUGCUUUUGAAAGGACCGAGGUUCGUUGGAAGAUAUAACAAAUCAAUCUAUCACUGUGAAUGAAGAAUGACUUCGUUCCUCUUUCAAACAUCAGACCAAAAACCAUUUAAUCCAGCUGUGGAUGGAGAUAUGGACUGCGGCAGUAUUAAUCUAGGUGUGGAUUUAGAGAAGGUUUGGCUGAACCAUCCUUCCUUGAUCCAUCUGGAUUUUUUGUCCCCCGAAGGUUCGCCUCGGCUUUCAGAGAUGCUCCUGUCACCUGCGUUUCAAGGCCCAGGGCCAAAAGCCUUUCUGCUCUCGAGCCCAGAACCCCGCUUCACGCUUUUGUCCGUAAACCAAAACUCCCGAGAUUCUCCAGCAGGUGCUCCACAAACGUGUUUCAUGCCCACUCUGGAGGAAAACGGACCCCCAGUGCCCAAUCUCAACUCGAGCUCUUUGUGCCACGACUAUUCACCAAGAGGUUGUAAUGGUGCCCAGUACAACAAUAGAGAAAGUGAUGCACACGGUGCAAUGAUACCACAAGGAACAGAUCACCCCAGUGCUUUAAACAAGGCAUGUGAUGGCACUCUGGAGGAAGGGCUGAGGAUUCAUUCGUUAUGGAACAUUUCCCAGAAUGCUGCGUUGGUAGAUCGAGCCAAUCGCUUACAGAAGAGGCUGUUGGCAAUGCUCGGUGAGCACGCAUCACGGCACUACUUUCACCAACUAGAAGGUCUGAGGAGAAAACUUCUUUCCGUCAGCUAUUGCCCCAAGUCCCCCAUGGCAUCAGGUGUUUUUUUUACACAUGAGACGUCUAAUGCUGAAGAUGUCCUAGGACAGAUCCCUCAAACACACGAGCAAUCUCUGAAAUCCAGAGACCUGGAGAAUUUGGCACAAUGCGGGCGUGCAGUUCUGCCUGGGAUGCUGGAGUCUCUGGAUUCAGAUGCCACAUUGAGCAGUAGCUCAGAUGAUGAAUCGGACAAUGAAGAUGCUAAAGGGAGCCCAGCAGCAUCACGAUGUCAUGGCUGUGAAUGGCGGUGGUUGAAGGAAAGAGCUGAACUGUCCAGCCGCUGGACGUGGCUCCAGAUGAGAUUGACUGAGCUGGACUCUCAGAUUCAACAGGUUGGAGAACUUCACCAGCAGAUCCUCACAAAUAAGCAGGGUCACGUGGUUUUAGCUGAAGCUCAGCCCCUCACAGACAGGCAGAUCCAGCACACACUGUGGACGGAGACUAUAGAUCUGUCAUUUGCCGCUGGGAACAUGCAAGAUUUGACAUCUGAUGUAGACAUGGAACCCAGCAGCCCCACACGUCUUCUGAGGAACAUAGAGAGACAGAGUGCCCAGCUGACUCAGAUUGUAAACAGCCUCAUGCCACCUUUCUGUGCCUCACCCUCUUCGUCACCCGUGACCAAAAGACCCUGCUGUCACCGUAGAGAUCAUCGGAUGACACUUUUCAGCAGCCAGGUACAGGCAGACACUGCUGUCAGUCUCUCCAAUAGACCACAGGGCUUUAAAAAGACAGGACGGAAGAGAAAGCGAGCGUGUCACCAAAGACAAUGUGCACUUGUGGAGGUCACCUGUGUGUCAGCACGCACCCGCCCCCUUCUGACAUAUCACAAACCUCUGCUUUUCGUCAUGGACCCGCCGUCUCAUAGAGAACAGGUCCUGGAUUCUUUCUGCUCUCUCUGUCUCAAAUGUGAUCCUGCAACUGCGUGCACAGACCCUACAUGCCCUCACAGAAAAGAGAAAACAACCGGCAAAGUGCAUCCUGUCCUCUCUCUCUCCUCAGAUACCCCAUCAUGCCUCCAUCUGCAAAACGCUCUGCAUGCAGAGAAGUUGCAGCAGCGAUCUCUCUUUCUGAAAUCUGACCUCCUUAGAUCACAGAACCUUCUCAGCUCUAGAUGCAGAGGCUCUAGAUCUUUAUUACAUUGCAACCACCAACCAAAAAACAGCAGGCAUUUGAAGAAUCACAGGAGGGAGAGCACCCCCAUACGAUGGGCUCACAGGGAGGAAAACCGGAAGAGACGCUGCUCAGAUUGGUUAACAGAUGUUACACACUGGUCUGAUGUAUCCCGCCUGAGUGAUGAAAACCUUGAGGAAUCUUUAGAAAAUCUUGUUGACUGCACACCUACACAACAGAGGAACUCGCAGUUCUCUUUGCGCAGCAGAAGCAGUGAGAGUGAUUUUAGUAUGGAUUACAUUCCUGUGUCUCUGGUCUCCUCGGUUACGAUGGAAAAACAUAUUUUGACGCCCAGCUGGCGAAAGGUGGAUACUUUCCAUUUACUGAACAAGGAGGAAGAUGAACAGGAUGAAGGAGUGUUAGAACCAAUAACAGAUGAUAAUUUCAGACAAAGACACCAGAGUUAUGAGCAUAAAGAGAAGCUCUGCUGGUCCUCCACGAAUCUGAGCAGAAGACACAGGUCUGUGUGUGUGUGCUUAUGUUCAUGGUCAUCCAGAAGAAGCUGCUCUUCAGUAUCAGAGCAACCUGCUUACUGUCACUCCCCGGUAGAUUCGCCAGUCCCCUCUACUUGGACCUCCAGUCCUUCUGAAGGCCAGACAGAAGCCAGUGUGGAUGACACAGAACCAGUGCCUCCAUGGAAACAACGUGUGUUCCCAGCACUGAGUGAUGAAUAUAAGGAAGCUCUGUGGUGUGAGGAAGGCUAUGACUUCUAGACGCCAAACAUAUGACAUGGAGCAGGAAAUGAUAUCACACUGUGGCAGAUACUCAGCCCUCAUGGUGCUACUUAAAAAAAGAUAAACAUCAGGUUACUGAUGACCUAUUUAUUACUGUUAUAAAUAUCUGGGACAGCCCCUAAAUGCACUGGUCACUCCGUGAGAUGUUACACUAUUAAUGUGACCUAUUUUAACUUCACUUAUUUUUAUGUGAUAUUUUUAUGUAAGUGUUAUGUUUUACAGGCUUUUAAAUAUAUUACAUAUAUGAUUCAGACAAAGCUCAGCUAAGUAUAUAUGCUGAAUUUGAGGUUUGUAAAAGGUUUGUAAAUUUUCCUCCAUGUGGAAGUUAACUCUCUUCAUUUUCUAAUAAAGAUUUUCAUAUUA